AUGACCUCAGGUAACUGCUAUGUACCUGAUAGUGUGCGCGAAGAGCUGUCACACACGGCUACAAACGAUAUCGCUGCAAUCAAGGACCAAGUUAACACAUUUGAAAAAGACAUUUUUCUAAAUAAGCAACAAACAGAAGAACAGAGAGAUGGUGCUCGAACACUCCGGAAUAAUCAUGCCAAAGACGCAGAUGCAAAUUUGGAGAAACAUGAUGGUUUAAUCCAAGAGAUGCAAAAUGAGUUGAAGGAACUAGAAAAUUUACAAAAGAAGCAAAGUGAACUCUAUAAUCAACAAAGAAAGUUAAUCGAAGAUUUUGUCCGUAACAAGAAUGAGUAUGACGGCCAAGAAUCUAGUUUUAAAAUUUUGGAAUACGAGCUUCAACAAAAUCAAGAAAAACAACGUCAACUCAACGAAGAGAGACAAAUACUUCAAAAAGAAUGUGAUGAGAAGCAAUACAAAGAGAAAGAGAUAAUCGAUGAACGAAAUAGAUUAGGAUUGUCACUAUACGGGCUACAACAACUGAUAAAGGAAGCUAAAGAUGAAUUAGAAGAAAACAAAGUGGCAUUGGAAAGAAUGAAAGCUGAAUUGGUACGGAUUCAAAAUGAAAUUCAAGAGUUAAAAAAUGUAAUUAAACAGUUAGAAGAACACUUGCGAGAAAUCAAUUCCAAUAUCGAGCGCUUGAAUGAUGAGCAAAAUACGCUACUGUCAACGCAGAGAGAUUUAAAAGUAGAACAAGCUGCGCUGGAAGCUGCCGUCAUACAGUUGACUCGUUCAUUGAGGGAUAAAGAUGAAGAUCUGAGUCGUUUGCAGACUGCCGUCGACGGGUAUCAAGAAAACAUUCAAAGACUCACGAAAGAACUAAAUUCAUUGAAGGAGGAAGUUACAGAAAUCAAAGAGAAACUUAGAAUUGAAGAAGAAAAUCUCAAGUCAAAUGAAAAACAACUUACAACACUAAAUGAUCAAAGAAAAUUAUUGGAAGCUGAAAAUCAGAAUCUGAUGAAAAACUGGCAAAAAUUAGAUAAUCAACGUAUUAAAUAUUUAAAUCAAUUGAAAAAUUUAAAAUCCGAACUGGCAUCAUGUGAAAGCUUAAUUAAAGAGAGCCAAACAAAACUUACAAAGGUAGAACAACAGCAGCAAGAACAAAAUCGAUCAUUAGAGAAUUUCAUCAAAUUAAAUCGAGAUUUAGAAAACAGUUUGACUGUAAAGGCUGAUGAAUGUGAGCAGCUCCAACAAGGAAAAGAUGAAGCCACGAGGGAACUAAAUCAAGCUAUUGAUGCUCAAAAGCAAGCUGAACAAUUGCUAGCACAAUUGAGAGAUCAAGAACGUGAAUUAAUGAAUCAAAAGGCACAAGCUGAGAGAGAGCAACAGGAUGCACUCCAACAGCAAAAUAAUGCUCAACAUGAAGUGAACAUUGCAGAAGAAAACGUUCGACGAGCUAGAAAUAUAUUGGAAAAAAAGGAACGAGAGUUAAGAAAGUGCAGUACGGGUAUGUUUUUAUUCAUUACUUGGGGAGAAGAUGAAAAAAGAGAUAAAGAGAAAGUUGUUAGUGAUGCUAAACAUGAGUUGGGACAAGCAGAACAAAAACUGGAUACAAAAAAGAAAACUUUAUUAGAUAAUACACAAAAAUACCGAACGUCUCAGAAUAAAACUGCUGAUUUGAGUAACCGAUUGAAUCAAACAACAGAAGACCGCGUCAAACAAGAUAGGCAAUUAACGGCCGUAGUAAGUGAUGCCGCCAGAUGUAGGAGUAAACUUGAUAGUAUAUCUGCUCAACAUCGAGAUGCAACAAUGGAACAUAAAAAGCUAGAAAUCGAAAAGAGAAAUACAGAGAGCAAGAUAGAAGAUACUCGUACGAAAAUAGUUACACUCACUAGUGAAAUCGAUAAAUAUCGGCAAGAUCUAGCUGAAAAUCAAUCACUGAAAAAGAAAAAGUCAGAAGAAAUAGAAACAAUGACAGAAACUAUCAAAAGCCAUAAUGAAGCUAUGAAAGAACAUCAACAAUCGAUAGCUUCAAAUCAAAAGAAGCUCACCGAUAAUGCUAGUGAACUUACAGUAAUACAAACAAAUCUUCAAAUAACGAAACAAAAAUUCCAAGGUUUAAAGCAGUCACUUUCUGAUAAAGAAAGCAACGAAAAAUCGAAACGACUUGAAAUUGAAAAUCAACAAAAUAUGCUCGAAACCAAUAAGAAAAGUGUACAAGAAUUAAAAAAAGAAAUCGCUGAAAAGCGUAAUCAAGUGGAAAUAAAAGCACAGCAGUUCGCAGGUAAUAAAAUUGAGCUCGCUCGAAUUGAAACGAGUAUAGAAGAUUUAAAAAAAGAAAAAGGAAAGCAGGAACAAGAUUUGAGUGACUCAAGAAAAAAAUUAGAAAAAAACAAUAUAUUGCUUAGAGAAAAAGAAACAGCAAUUGAAGAACAAAUAGUUAAAAUGGAGUCUCUUACCACAAAAUUAUUUUUAUUAGAAGCACAAGAAAGAAAACUAGGAAAUGAAAUAGAAUAUUUACAAGAAAAAAUCACCCGCAAAGACCGCGAAAUCGAACGAAACAAUAAGAAUAUUGAAAACAUUAAGACAAAGAUACAAGAUUUGCACUCAGAAAAGCAACAACUUCAAACAACUAUGACCGCAACUCAGGAAAAAAUACGAUUUAUUAAUGAGGAUAUAAAGCAAAAUCAUGAUGCGAUGAUAAAAAAAGAAGAAAAAUGUACUCAUGUAAAGGAAGAUCUAAAACGUUCACUGAAACAUAUGCACAGUUAUGAAGACGUACGUAAACAAGGGUUCGAUAGAGUUACACAAUGCGAACGGGCACUAACCAAUAUCCAGAAAAAUUACUAUGAUUUUUAUUAUGAAAUUCAAGAAAAAACGAACGAAACUCUCAAACAAGAUUUCAAGCAUCGCCCAGAUGCAGUGGAACGUAUAAAGUCCAAUUAUUGUUUUAACAGGGAUCCGCCAACUGUUACGAAGCCAAAAUUAUGGCAAAGUUAA